UCACAUGGAUGGCGUUUACAUACUUUUAUCUCAUCAUUUAAAGCCAUGUUUAACAUUAACAUCUGAUAUUGUAAAAUUAUAGCCUAUGACAGAUAAUGAGGUGAAUAACAAUAGGUACUCUUUAAGGUGAGUGGAGAGAAAUGUUCCCAUUCCAGCAGAUGAAAGUGAAAACCUCUUUGGGUUAAACUUUUUCUGCACAGUGAAGUCCAAAAUGCCAAGUGAAGUAACAGAAAGCAAAUCACUUUUUUUAAUGGAGGGGUACUUUAGGAUCAGUACAUAACUUGUUUGGAUGUAAAAUGUUUAUGUUGUGUUGAAGCCAAGUACAGCAGGAGAGACCAGACUCAUCUGGACCCAGCUUCGUGUCCUUCAAGAGUGACAGGUCUUUGGGGGAGCCAAUUUAUUUCAAGGAUGGAUGCCAGUUUGACAGGUGUAGCUCCAACAUGAAUGUGUCUGAGGAGACAGAGGACACGGGCUCUGCCUCUGAUGUCACUCCAUCUGAACAACAUGACAGUCAGACCAGAGAUAUGAGCUGUGUGUCCACGAAAAGUGAACGGUGGAUGGCAAUUGGGUUCAAGAGUCGAGGCCAUUCUGAUAAACAAAUCCCACCAAAGCAGGAGAGACAAGAUCCACCUUUGCCAGACUAUGUGUCCGUGAGGAGUGACCGGUCUAAAAGUGAACCUAUUGAGUUCAAGAAUGGAGCACCAAUCAAUGAGACAAGAGCUCACUGGAUGAGGUCAGAGGUUCCCAGUAAUGGGGCAACCAAGAAGCACCAACAAAACCUGGACUCAAUUUUUAUGCUUCUUGAAGAGAGCAUUGUGACAUUUGUGAGAAACGAGCUGAAGAAGUUCAAGAAAGUUCUGGAUUCACAAGAGCCAGAGUCCUUAGAGAAGCUGAGAGAGGAUGAUGACAUCUUUGCUGGUGAAGAGGAAGAGAAGAGAAAAAGCAACAAAGACGCAUUUCUGAAGCUCACACUGAACUUCCUGAGGAACAUGAAGCACGACCAGCUGGCCGACUCUUUGCAGAACAAAAUUUGUGCUGCAAUUUGCCAACAUAAACUGAAGUCUAAACUGAAGGACAAGUUUCAGUGUAUAUUUGAGGGGAUUGCCAAAGCAGGAAACCCAACACAUCUGAAUCGGAUCUUCACAGAGCUCUACAUCACAGAGGGAGAAUGUAGAGAGGUCAAUGAUCAACAUGAGGUUAGACAGAUAGAGGCAGCAUCCCGAAAACUGGCAAGUUCAGAAACAACAAUCGGAUGUGAGGAUAUAUUCAAAUGUUUACCUGGAAGAGGUGAACCAGUCAGAACUUUGGUGACAACAGGAGUGGCUGGUAUCGGGAAAACAGUGUUAACGCAGAAGUACAUCUUGGACUGGGCUGAAGGCAAAGCCAACCAGGACAUACAGUUCAUGUUUCCAUUCACUCUCCGAGAGCUCAAUUUGCUGAAAUCAAAAAACUACAGCUUGGUGCAACUUGUUCAUGACUUCUUUACUGAAACCAAAGAAGCAGGAAUCUGCAACUUUGAAGAGUUCCAGGUUGUGUUCAUCUUUGACGGUCUGGAUGAAUGUCGACUUCCUCUGGACUUCCGCAACAAUGAGAUCCUGACUGACGUCACAGAGUCAACUUCAGUUGAUGUGCUACUGACAAACCUCAUCAGAGGUAAACUUCUUCCAUCUGCUCGCCUCUGGAUAACCACACGACCUGCAGCGGCCAAUCAGAUUCCUCCUGAGUGCGUUGACAUGGUGACAGAGGUCAGAGGGUUCACUGACCCACAGAAGGAGGAGUAUUUCAGGAAGAGAUUCAGAGAUGAUAAGCAGGCCAGCACAAUUAUCUCCCACAUCGAAGCAUCACGAAGCCUCCACAUCAUGUGUCACAUCCCAGUCUUCUGCUGGAUCACUGCGACAGUUCUGGAACAUGUUUUGAAAACUAGAGAGAGAGCAGAGCUGCCCACGACCCUGACUGAGAUGUAUAUCCACUUCCUGGUGGUUCAGACCAAACAAGGGAAUGUGAAGUAUCACAGCAGUGCAGCGACAGAUCCAGUCUGGACCACAGAGGCCACAAAGACCAUUCUCACUCUGGGAAAACUGGCUUUUGAGCAGCUGGAGAAAGGAAAUCUGAUUUUCUAUGAAGCAGACCUGAAAGAGUGUGGCAUUGACAUAAAAGCUGCCUCACUCUACUCAGGACUAUUCACAGAGAUCUUCAAAGAUGAGCAUGGGCUGAACCAGGGCAAAGUGUUCUGCUUUGUCCAUCUGACUGUCCAGGAGUUCUUGGCUGCUCUCUAUGUCUUCCUGACAUUCAUCAACACUGGCAUCGAUCUGCUAAGAAGAAGAGGGCGGUUCACUUCAGUUCAUGCUUUGCCAUUAAAACAUGACUUCAAACACCUCUACCAGAAUGCAGUGGACAAAUCUUUGCAGAGUCCAAAUGGACAUCUGGACUUGUUUGUCCGCUUCCUCCUGGGCCUUUCACUGGAGACCAACCAGACUCUCCUUCGAGGACUGCUGAGAAAGAGAGGAAGUAAACAAGAUGUCAAAGAGAUGCUACUACAGGACAUCAAGAAGAAGAUCAGGGACAACCCUUCACCAGAGAGAAGCAUCAAUCUGUUCCACUGUCUGAAUGAGCUGAAUGACCAUUCUCUAGUGGAAGAGAUCCAACAGCACCUGAGAUCAGGAAGUUUAUUUGGGAAAAAACUUUCUCCUUCUCAGUGGUCAGCGCUCGUCUUCAUCUUACUGUCAUCACAAAAAGACCUAGAUGUGCUUGACUUGAGGAAGUUCUCUGCUUCAGAGGAGGCUUUUCUGAGGCUGCUGCCGGUGAUCAAAGCAUCCAAAACAGCUCUGUUGAGUGGCUGUAACCUCUCAUCCAGAAGCUGUGAAGCUCUGGCCUCCAUUUUCAGUUCCAAGAACUGUAGUCUGAGAGAGCUGGACCUGAGUAACAAUGAACUGCAGGAUACAGGAGUAAUGCUGCUCUCAGCUGGACUUAAGAGUCCACACUGUAGAUUGGAGAUUCUCCGAAUGUCAGAUUGUCUGAUCACAGAGAAAGGCUGUGCUUUUCUGGCUUUAGCUCUGAAGUCCAACCCCUCCCACCUGAAAGAGCUGGACCUGAGCUUUAACCAUCCAGAAGACUCAGGAAUAAAGCUUCUGUCUGCUGGACGGGAUGAUCCGCACUGGAAACUGGAAACUCUCAAGACUGAUCACUGUGGAAAAUGUCGACUGUACUCAGCACCUCUCAGAUAUUUCUGUGAGCUUUCAUUGGACCCAAACACAGCAGACAGAAACCUCUUACUGUCUGACGACAACAGACGAGUAAUGGUGGUGAAGGAGAAGCAACCGUACCCUGAUCAUCCAGAGAGAUUUGACAGCUGGAAACAGCUGCUGUGUUGCGAAGGUCUGACUGGGCGCUGUUACUGGGAGGUCCAGUGGAAAGGAAGGGUUCAUAUAGGAGUGACAUACAGAGGAAUCAAGAGGACAGGAGACAGCGAUGACUGCUGUAUUGGAUGGAACGAUCAGUCCUGGAGUCUCUUCUGCAGCAGUCAGAGUUACACUCCGUGGCACAAUAACAAACCAGUGGACAUCGAUACACACCCACCCUCUGAGUCCAACAGAGUAGCAGUGUAUCUGGACUGGCCUGCUGGCACUGUGUCUUUCUACUGUCUCCCCUCCAUUGUCUCUUCGCUCAAACGGAUCCACCUCCACACCUUCCACUCCACAUUCACUGAACCCCUCUACCCUGCAUUUGGGUUUGGGCGAAUGCGUGAGUUUGAGACUGACUCGAGAUUUUUACCAUCCUCAGUUCAUCUGUCACAGGUUGAGGGAUAAAUGUUUCCCCUUGUGUAGAACAGUGGUUUUCAAACUGGCGUGUCUUAGAGACAGUACCUAUGUGGAAAUAUUUACUGUAAGAGCCAAGGCUAUAGCCAUGGAGUCAAACCUGCAGACCCUGCUGGAGGGUCAUCAUGUUUUCAGGUUGGUUAAGAACACCUUGAGGGACUUUAUUUAAAUUUUGCACAAACCUCCAUUUGUAAUCAAAGAUUAACUGAUCAGAUUUUUUUAGUUAGGGGCAAGGUCACUGUGGCCUUGUCAUUCUCAUUCUCAUGAAAGCAAUACCUCGAGAAACCUUGAGGGAAUUCCUUCAAAUCUGGCACAAAUGUUGACUUGGAUUCAAGGAUGAACUAAUUAGAAUUUAGUGGUCAAAGGUAAAGGUAUAAUUACCGCUAAAGUAAGAGCAAGAGAUGGCUAGUAUUGUCACUGUAAAUCAGGGGUGUCAAACUCAUUUUAGUUUAUGGGCCACCAAUUUUAUCUCAAGUGGGCCAGACCAGCAAAACUACUGUAAAAUAACAUAUAGAUAACACCAGCUACAAUAAUUUCACUUUCUUUUGUUGUAAAGAAGUACAAGGACAUUCUGAAAAUAUCCUUUUACAACAAAAUGAUAAAACAGUUUUUCCACAUUCAGUCAGUCUACUCUUCACUGUCAUUACAUGUGUAUUUUUUACAUAUAUUUCCACCCCUGUGUAGAAAUGCUGGCAUCAACACACCAAACUAAAGUGGAAGCUACUGAAGUUGCUGAUUGACAAUACUGUGUUCUGGUCAGGGUGGAGCAGCCUCUGAAGCUGCAUUUUAUAUGAAGGCCACUUACUGUUGAUCUUGCUCCUGAAACCUGCCACCUCUUAGCCUUCACAAGUGCAUCAAUAUUAGAUGUGCAAAGUCAUCCAGCAGGCCAGGUUUGACCCUUUGGCAGGCCAGUUCUGGUCCAUGGGCCAUAUGUAAAUGCCAUAUGUAAAUAAAUAGAGCUCAAAGAAAUGUUUAUUAAUUUAUCUCAACACAGACUAACAGACCUAAGCCAGUCAAAACACCUGAAAUGGCUUUUUGUAGAUAGCUAAAACUUGCUGUCCCACACUGAAAUGCCAUUGAAAACAAUGCUGCAAUGGCAACUAAACACAAGAGACAUCUUUAGACACAACAAAACUCUUUAGCAAAGAGUGAGUAGAAACUGCAGUUUGGAAGUACCUCAGUUUUGGGGCCACAGUUCUGUAUAUUUUCCGGCACAGCGGGGGAAAACAAAAGCAUAUCAAGAUAUCAUUUAUGCCUUUAUCUUGUAAAUAGUAAAACUUGCUCCUUGGCUAUAAUUCUUACCAUAAGAAUUAUGGUCAUCAACUCCAAAAACCUUAAACAAACUUUUAACAUGGACAAACAAACAAACAAACAAACUGAUAUCAGAUUAUUUGGCAAAAGCUACUUGAUUUGCCUUCUGUGGAGAGGGGAAACUAGCCAUCUUCAGGAAAACUCAAGAGACAUCUCAACAAUAAAGCAGUGCAUGAUGUCAUGCGUUGACCUGAACUGUAACCAAAUUUUCUAUAAAUACAUUUGACCAUUAACAGUGACUACUGGCAUACUUAAUUUUUAGUUUAAAGGGGCUGAAUGUGAAAUUCACAGUGUAUGAACUGUCUGGACACUGGGAGUGGCGCUUACACUGGAGUCUGCGGCUAACAGCCAAUGGUGCUAAUUUAACAGCGCUAAACAACAGCAGCAGUGCUGACAAAGCUAAGGGUGUUAACCAGGGAGGAACCAGUAAGUGUGCGCUGUGCUUCCACAACAGCGGCUUUCUGAUAGCAGUGUAAAUCACCAUGUGAGCGCAGUGCAAAGUGGCAGUGAUAAGCUUGCCAGUGGGAUACAGACAUGCACUAACAUGCAUGUACAGCCGGUCCAUCUUACCACAACAAUCUACAGAGAAACUCAGAUUACAGCACACGCAGAGGACGCAUCAUUCUGCCAUUAUUCCACUAUAUCUUUACAUGGCAAAAAGUGGUUUCCAGCUAUAUUCAUCCUCUGAAUGUUGCAAACAAAACAUUUUACUUAAAUCUGCACAGCAACAUAGUGAAAAACUGCUGGCUGAGUGAUUAAAUAUAGGAUUUUAUUAUCUAUCAUCAUACUGAGAUUGGUUUAUAUGCGUUUGAGAUUUUUAUUUCUAAUUUAACUUAUUCUUAAAUAGUGUAAAAUACAUUUAAUUCUUUUAAUUUCUUUCUUAUUCUGUAUCUGUAUUAUGUGUUCAUGUGCUUUGUGUUUUAUCGUUUGUGUUCACUGCUGCACAUCCCCUUUGGUAACAAAUAAUGGGAUUGAUUGACUGAUUGAUUCAUUGAUUCAUUCAUUCAGAAAUAUAUAUUUGGCUCAGUUUCCUGAUACUGAUAAAAAACAUGGCUGUGUUGUUUUGUGAUUUUUUUUUAUGUGAUGGCAGAAAUGUAUGUAGAAUAUUUACAAUCACAUAAAGUUGUAUUUUAUGUUGUCUUUGUUUUUUGUUUUUUUGUUUUUUGUUUUUUUUUAUCAGAAAUGUCAAUACAUGAAUUUACCAAAAACAGUAAUGGUGUUAUUUGCUAUGACAUGAUUUUAAUGACUCGCAUGCAUGGGAAUUUCAUUUGAAAAUAAAAUGAAUGAAAGAUUCAACCAGACAGAA